AUUCCAAUACUUUGCUGAACUCGACAACUUUUUUGCAUCACCUGGCCCUACUCCAAAUGACACAAACAGUUUGGAGGUUAUAUCGCGUCACCUUGAGGAUCAUAUUACCACUAUUGCGAUGUUCUUAUUGCUUGUGGGUAAUAAUGCUCAACAAAACCUUGUUGAAAGAACAUUAUGCAUGAAUCUUGAAAGAAUUUACGAGUUACUUCAGGAGAUGUUGGCUGAAAUAACACUUCAGGCAGAAGCUGAUAUACAAAGGCAUUGUAUGGACACGCAUUCUGCAUCUCAGAGAGGAAGACCAAAGUACAACAUAACAGCUGCUCAACUGACUAACAUGCGGGACUUAGGAUUUAGCUGGAUGGCCAUAUCUCGAAUACUGUCUGUCAACAUUCGAACACUGUACAACCACAGGACACAGCUUGGUUUACUGGACUACGGGAAUUUCAAUAACAUUUCAAAUGAUGAUCUUGAUUAUCUUAUCAAUGAGGUUCUUAGACAAACCCCUGGCUCUGGAGAGACUUACAUCACUGGUAGUUUGAGAGGGAGAGGAAUCCGAGUUCAACGAUGGCGAGUGCGAGAGCGAUUAAGAAUUGUCGAUCCAGUAGGAAGAAUGUUAAGAGGACGGAGGGCAAUUCAGCGGAGGGUCUACAAUGUUUCUAUCCCAAAUCAAGUGUGGCAUAUUGACACAAACCACAAGAUAAAUCCAUGGGGAUUUGUCUUUCAUGGAGGAGUUGAUGGAUAUAGUCGCUGCAUUACCUACCUGAGAUGCUGCACAGACAACAGAGCAUCAACUGCAUUACAACUUUUCCAGCGUGCUGUUGAUGUUUUUGGGCUCCCACAACAUGUCAGGGGUGAUGCUGGUAGUGAGAAUAUUGAUAUUGCAAGGUUUAUGAUACAAAAUCGAGGGGCAAAUAGGGGGAGUUUUAUGGUUGGACGUAGUGUUCAUAAUCAAAGAAUUGAAAGAUUAUGGGGAGAACUCAACAGGGUUGUGUCAGCAUACUUUAAAGACCUUUUCCUCUUUAUGGAAAAUUUUGGAAUUUUAGAUGGCACUGAUCCACUUCAUAUUAGGGCUCUUCACCAUGUUUACCUUCCAAGGAUAAAUAGAUCUGUGGAUGAGUUUGUAAGACAGUGGAACAACCACAGCUUACGAACAAUGGAAAGCUGGUCACCACUGCAACUGUGGACGGUUGGAAUGCUUCAACUUCCUCAACAUCAAAGAACAGCAUAUCAGGUGCAUGGGCAACACCCUUAUGAUCACCAGUGGGAUGUUGAGUUGGGGCCAAUUAAUCCCUUGGAGGAUGAUGGAAAUCAUGGGAUAGAACUUUUUCUCUCAGCAUGUAACCUGCUUGAAAUAAAUGUUUAA